AACUUCCUUCUAUAUCUCACUCACCAACUAUAUAUUCACUAACAAAUAUCCCUUUCUUCUCUUCACUCACAACAAAUUCUUCAUAUAUACAACUAUAGUAAUGGCACUUGAAGCUUUGAAUUCAUGGACCAAAGGCAAGAUUAGAUCGAAACGAUCGCGUAGCAUCGUCAUGGAGGAGCAACCAUCAAUUAUUACCGAAGAAGAGUACUUAGCUCUGUGUCUACUCAUGCUCGCACGCAGCAAUAACAAUAACAGUAACAGUAACGUUUCUAUUACUGGUGACAAUUUGUACAAGUGUUCAGUUUGUGGUAAGUGUUUUGGAUCUUAUCAAGCUUUAGGAGGACACAAAGCUAGUCAUCGUAGUAACAGAGAUAAAGUCUGCGAACAAUCUGUGAUCGUCACGUCAGGUAAUGUGGUUAGUGGAAGGACUCAUGAGUGUACCAUUUGCCACAAGACUUUUCCAAGUGGACAAGCUUUGGGUGGUCACAAAAGGCGACACUAUGAAGGGAAGAUGACGUCAUCAUCAUCGUCGAACGGUGUGGGGUCGGUCAACAACUUUGACUUGAAUAUUCCGGUGUUACCAGAUAAUUGGCCGGGUUUUGCCUCGGGCGAAGAUGAGGUGGAAAGUCCUCAUCCAACUAAGAAAUUAAAACAAUUUCCUUCACUUGAAUUAUUUCAAACAACAAUAGGACACACUUUGUAAAAGUGAUUACUUGAUUAUUUCAUUCAUUUGAUUUAUUCUUUUAAAAAAAUUACUAUUAUUAUUUUGCCUUUGA